UUUUCCGGCGUCGUUUGUGCUAUGCGGUACUUACUACUGGCUUUGAGUGUUCUGGCGGUGGCACUGGCCACAAAAUGUCCGUACUCGAUGGAUCAUCUGUCCAGAUCCAAACGCAGUGAAUUCGAAGUUCGUCCAGCGGUUAGUGAUUCCAGUUUCGAUGCCUUGAUCAAGGAUUUUAGUGGCAACUCGGCACAAAACGGAUGGGUGGAACCGCUCGGAUCGCAUCAACCACCUUUGAGGUGCAGCAUCCCGCCCCCCAAUUGCCUGAAUGACACACGUUUCCUGCACUACCGCACCAUCGAUGGAGCCUGCAAUAACCUGCUGUAUCCGGAUUAUGGAAUCUCUGUUUCCAAGUACAGGAGGCUCUUGCCUCCCAGGCAGGUGAUUGAGGCUCCAAAUGCCCGACUGAUCUCCCUGUCGCUGUAUGGAGAACAAACCAGGAACGAUCGCUAUCGAACCAUGGCCGCCAUGCAGUUUGGCCAGUUUGUGGCCCACGACAUAAGCCAGUUGAGCUUGCAGGGAGCGCCCAAGGAUUGCUGUUCGGAGCCGAGAAAUCCACGUUGUGACAACAUAGCCUUACCCCGAGGAGGACCCAUAGCCUAUCACACUGGAAAGACCUGUCUGCCCUUCGCCCGCAGUGCCUCCGAAGCCGAUGCCAUCUGUCCUAGGAGCCGUACACCCUAUCCGGAGAAGCUUACGGUAGCCACUGCCUAUCUGGAUCUCUCCUCCGUGUAUGGAAGCACCCCUGCUAAGAAUAGGAAUGUGAGGCUCUUCAAGGGUGGUCUUCUCCGAACCAGUUACACGAAUGGACAGCACUGGCUGCCGGUGAACCGGAAUUUCGAUGGCGAGUGCGGCACCAAAAGCGAGUGCUAUAGCUUGCCGGAUAUACGGAAUCGAUUCUCGCCCACCAUUGCUGUUAUCCAUACCCUUCUGGUGCGGGAGCACAAUCGUCUGGCCGAGAGCUUGGCCCUUUUGAAUGCAGAUUACGAUGACGAGCGCAUCUUCCAGGAGGCGCGAAAGAUCAAUAUUGCUCAGUACCAAAAGAUUACCUACUACGAUCUGCUCCCCUUGAUCCUGGGUCGCACCUACACCUAUUUGAAUGGACUGCUGUACCCAGUGGAGCCUUCUGAGUAUGUCAACGACUACGACGAGAGCGUGAAUCCAGGCCCCUAUGUUGAGUUUUCAGCCGUGGCCUUCAGAUAUGCCCACACCCAGAUCCCCGGAUGGUUCUCUCUAGUGGCUCCAAAUCGGAGCUCCAACAAGACCCUGCGCUUCAGCGAUUAUUUUGACCGCGCGGAGACCGUUAAGUUGCUGGACUCCAGCGACAAUUACGCUGCUCUUCUCAGAGGAUUGGCCACUCAGUUGCACAAGCAAUCCGAUGGAAAUAUUGACCGUGAAAUUAAGCACUAUUUCAAUCGCAAGGAGUUUGAGGAAUACGGAUCGGAUCUGAAGUCCAUAGAUAUUCAGAGGGCAAGAGACUUUGGAGUGGCAUCCUAUAACGACGUGCGAGAGUUUUGUGGAUUGAGGCGUGCUGUGGACUGGGCUGAAUUCGCUCAUGAAAUUCCUGGCGAGAAAAUCUCUUUGCUGCGUCGGCUUUAUGCCACUCCGGAUGAUGUGGAGCUGAGUGUGGGUGGCUCUUUGGAAUACCAUGUACCUGAGGCCCUUUUCGGACCAACUCUUUUGUGUGUGAUUGGAAAACAGUUCUUGAACACUCGACGUGGUGAUAGAUUCUUCUUUGAGAGGGAUAAUCAUAGCGCUGGAUUUACUCGCGAUCAAUUGGCCGAGAUCCGUAAAGUAAGCUUGGCUAGUUUGUUCUGCAACAACGCCGACUAUCUGCACUACAUUCAGCCAAACGUAUUUGUAUUCCCCAAUUCUCAGAACUUACUGUUGAACUGCAACGAUAUACAUCACCUUGAUAUUAGCAAGUGGCAAGAUCUAAGACCUCAACUGGUACAUUAAAAAUAAUGUACGCUUUUUUUUAUAUCUGUGGAAGAUUGGUGGGUCCAAUUUGUGCCUUCAGAU